UUAUCUAAGGGGGAAAUGUCAUGAGACACUUCAUGGCAAGUGUCCUUCGCUGUUAUUAAUUAAAUGAAUACUCAUGCCACGUCUCACUGUGGACUUUCUAAAUGCCAAGCUAACAGGAACAAGCUUUAGCGAAAGAGACAGGAAUGAAGCAACUUCUGCCUCUGGUGUUUAAUUUUAUAACACUUUCCUCUGCCUUUCCUCCCGACCUAAAGGACAAAAAUGAGGAAGACAACCAGCUGGCCCAGGCGUAUCUCAACCAGUUCUACUCUCUUGAAAUAGAAGGAAGCCAUCUUGUCCAAGGCAAGAACAGGAGUCUCUUAGAUGGCAAAAUUCGGGAAAUGCAGGCAUUUUUUGGGUUGGCAGUGACCGGAAAACUGGACUCAGCCACUCUUGAGAUCAUGAAGGUGCCGAGGUGUGGUGUGCCCGAUGUGGGGCAGUAUGGCUACACACUCCCCGGGUGGAGGAAGCACAGUCUUACCUACAGAAUAAUGAACUACACUCCUGAUAUGGCCCGGGCUGAUGUGGAUGAGGCUAUUCAGAAAGCUCUAGAAGUUUGGAGCAAGGUCACUCCAUUGACAUUCACCAAGGUCUCCAGGGGUAUUGCAGACAUCAUGAUAGCCUUUAGGACCGGAGCCCAUGGCUGGUGUCCUCGUUAUUUUGACGGUCCUUUGGGAGUCCUCGGCCAUGCCUUUCCUCCUGGUCUGGGUCUAGGUGGUGACACUCACUUUGAUGAAGAUGAAAACUGGACAGCCAAGGAUGGGGACGGGUUCAACUUGUUCCUUGUGGCUGCUCAUGAAUUUGGCCACUCUCUGGGGCUCUCUCACUCCAGUGAUCAAACAGCUUUGAUGUUUCCCAAUUACGUCUCCCUGGAUCCUCGCAAAUACCCCCUUUCUCAGGAUGAUGUUGAAGGCAUCCAGUCCAUCUAUGGAAGUCCACCUAACGUACCCACCAAGCCAAAUGGAAACCCUGAAUACACCUGUGACCCCAGUUUGAAUUUUGAUGCUAUCACUACCUUCCGCAGAGAAGUAAUUUUCUUUAAAGGCAGGCACUUGUGGCGCCUCUACUCUGGCAUUGCUGAUGUUGAGUUUGAGCUGAUUUCUUCCUUCUGGCCAUCUCUGCCAGCUGGUCUUCAAGCAGCCUAUGAAAGCCCCAGAGAUGAGAUCCUUGUUUUUAAAGAUGAAAAUUUCUGGGUGAUCAGGGGGUAUGCUGUCUUGCCUGAUUACCCUAAAUCCAUCCACACACUCGGCUUCCCAAGAAGUGUGAAGAAAAUUGAUGCAGCUGUCUGUGACCAUGACACAAGGAAAACUUUCUUUUUUGUGGGCAUCUGGUGCUGGAGGUAUGAUGAGGUGGCACAAGCCAUGGACAGACGAAUCCCACAGAGGAUAGGGAAGUGCUUUCCGGGAGUUGGCUUCCGUGUGGAUGCGGUCUUUCAGCAUGAAGGGUUCUUCUACUUCUUCCGUGGGUUGAGGCAAUUUGAGUACGACAUAAAGGCAAAGAACAUCACCCAAGUGAUGAAAACCAACACUUGGUUCCAGUGUAAAGAGCCGUUAAAUUCACCGUUCAAUGUGGUUGUCGAAGAAAAAACACAUUCAGUUGGUACAGUGAUGUUGCAUCAUCAAAGUGUAAGCCUCUUUGUUUUCACUAUUGUUCACGUGCUAACAAACAUGUACAGUUAACAAUA